CUCCUCGUCGCCGGUCUGCCCAGGAGGAUCAGUGGGCUCGGGGCAGAAGCGCCUCUCUCCGCCGGCAGCGCCUCCCUUCCCGGCGAUGAAGAGCGCGCCUCCCUGGGCUGGAAGAAGGCGAGUCCCCCGCGGAGGUUGAGGCGGUGGAAGAGGCAGGACUUGGGGACUGGACCCAAAGGCUCCUGGGCCUGAAGAACUGGACUUCCAAACAGCAGCUUUGAUGGUUAAUUCUUUUUGAGAUGGCUGAAAAAGAUGGAGAACUUAAAACAUGCAGUUGGACUCUGCCUAAAGUCAUGGCAGUGGGAGCCGGCACCUUCCUGCUUUUGGCUGGAGUCGGAGUUGGGAUUUGGGCAAUAGUGGUGUCUGUGCUUGGGAGUGAAAAGGAAAGCUUAUAUGCGGUUCAGGUGAAUUCCGAGGAUUUGCGCCUAACUGUGUAUGAUGAGACUGAAGGGAAGUGGAGGCUACUGUGUUCUUCUUCCUCUGAUGCCCAGGUGGCAGCUCUUAGUUGUGAGGAGAUGGGAUUUGUCAGAUCUCUCUCCCAUUCGGUCUUGAAUGCAGGCAGUGCAGGUGCCAAUGGAACGUCAGGCUACUUCUGCGUGGAUGAGUCCCGCCUGCCUUUUGCGCAAAAGCUGAGAGAGGCCAUUGUUGUCUGUGAAUGUCUGACAGGCCGGAUCCUAGCAACUCUUUGCCAAGACUGUGGACGCAGGAAGUUAUCCGUGGACCGGAUUGUAGGUGGCCAAGACGCCAGUGUGGGUAAAUGGCCCUGGCAAGUCAGCCUACGUUACGAUGGGACACAUCUCUGUGGCGGCUCCAUCAUCUCAAAUGAAUGGAUAGUUACAGCAGCUCACUGCUUUCCAGAGAGGAAUCGUGUCUUGUACCGCUGGCAGGUCUUCAUGGGUGCCGUAUCUCAGCUAUCCAUAAGGGGGCUGCAGAUGGACAUAGCCGGCAUUGUCUACCAUGGUGGGUACAUGCCCUUUGUGGAUCCCAAUAGUGAAGAGAACAGCAAUGACAUUGCCUUGUUGCGCUUGGCCACACCACUCUCCUUCAAUGAAUUUAUUCAGCCCAUCUGCCUCCCAGCAUUGGGGCAAACUUUGGUGGAUGGCAAGAUCUGUACGGUGACAGGAUGGGGCAACACACAAUAUUAUGGCCACCAGUCUGAAGAUCUUCAAGAGGCCAGUGUACCCAUCAUCAGCACCAGUAUCUGCAAUGGCCCUGAUUAUUACAGCAGUCAGAUAAAGCCCAGGAUGUUUUGCGCUGGUUUUCCAGGCGGAGGUAUAGAUGCUUGCCAGGGGGACAGCGGUGGCCCUUUUAUGUGUGAAGACAGCAUUUCACAAGUGUUACGUUGGCGGCUGUGCGGCAUUGUAAGCUGGGGUACAGGCUGUGCCCUGGCCAAUAAGCCUGGAGUCUACACCAAGGUGAAUGCUUUCCAUGGGUGGAUCCACCACACCAUGAAGACAAACUCCCACCUUAGUGGGUUGGUGAUUCAGCAGUGAAAUGCAUGGAGCUGGCCUCCUCCCUUUCCAGUGAAUUGCUGCUUUAAAUAGAAGGAGAAGAAUCAAGGAAAAUGUGGAGG